AUGGACACAGAACAUGUCACUGGGCACUUGAGGAAAUGUUUCAAAUUCGUUUAUGACAAAGUCAAGUUACUGAACGGCCGGGUGGACGGCAUGGAAGCGCAAAUGACGCAUCUUAAACAGCUUGUCGAAGACGUUAAGAUCAAGUCAGAAGCGGAUAACCAAGGACUGCAAAGAGAUAUUGAUGCUCAGAAGGCGCAGAAUCAGCAGCUGCGAAACGAACUGGAUGCUGAGAGGGAUCGAAACCAGCGACUAGAGACUACGAUCAAGGAUUCACAACAGUCAAUCACCCGGACCGGUCAACAGUUGGGUGAUCUCUCCAACCAGUUUCGUGCCCACGAGACUAUCGCUACUGCAAAGUUGCAAAGGACAGAUCGAAUCGUGCCAGAUCUCAAGCAGCGGAUUGAGUCGCUGGAACGGUCUGGCAAUACCUACAGUCAGAGCAUUGUCGAACUGCGAAACCACCUAGAAGAUCGCUUCGAGACAGCAGUGGUUCAUACCCAAGAAUCUUUGCGCCACAACAAAACCGCCUGGAUCAAAGGUCUAGAACUCCUCAGAACCGAGACGGCGGAAAAGCUCGCUACUACGACAGAUCACUUCUCCACCGCUGUUGAUACCGUGCAAGCGCAAUCCCGCGAGCAUACGGAAGCCUUCGAGAAGACAGCUCUGGCACUGGACCAUAAUUCCCAGCGUAUCGAAGAGCUCGAAAAAGCGGUGGAAGAGCCACAGUUUCUGGAAAGCAUGAACCACCGCGUCGAAGAGCUUGAGAAUGCUAAAGAAUCACAUGAUGCGGCACUACAAGCUUCUCAGGUCACAAUGACCAGACUCGAUUCCCUAGAUGCCCGUCUGGGCGUGUCGGAAGUCGCUCUCAACUCUAUUCGGACACCGAAUGUGACACCUCCAACUACCACAACAGCUACCGCCGCUCUCGACGAUCCUCAGAAUAAGGUCGACGCAGUCUAUUUACAGUUGAAGAAUGAACUUGCCUCAUUAAGUAAUUGCAAAGACCGACUUGUCGCAUUGGAAAAGCACCGCGGUACCCCUGCAUCUCGCAAACUUGACAAUAGGGUCUGCGUAUUGGAAGAGAACUACGGCAAAAUGCGCAAUGACCAUACAGACAUGACCGCCAAGUGUGUUACCCACGAGCAGUUAGCUGCAGCAAGGAAUGCCGAUGCUGCCUCCCUCCAGACGACUAUUCAGAACCACCGGGAAGAGGUGAAGCAGAGGGUGGAGUAUAAUGUUGUACUCCUGAAUGGGCUAAGGGGUCAGCACCUACAAAAUAUAGAGACCUCUCUCAAAAAGGUCGUCCAGGAUAACGCAUUUCCCGUGAGUACCUACCACAUCAUCUCCAUGAUGUCUGCUUAUGAUCGUAAACUAAUAAACCGGACUAGCAAUUACUUCAAGACCCAGAAAGCGCACCGCCUGCUCGAGGACCGGCACCACAGUCAGCGUAUCCAUCACCACCCGCGACGAAUCUGA